GCUCUAGGAGAAUGGAAAUCCCCUGACCUCUGUCUGGACAGUGCUGAUUGGCCCUGUGCUGAUCACAUGCACUCUCCCAAUAAAAAAAAAAACCUCUCUAGCAGUACUCACCAAAGUGAGCAAGUGCAUGCCUGGAGAUAAGAGAUGGUCACUUGAAAAGGGGAGGAACAGAAAAGAAAGGAUCAAACGGUCUUUUUACACAAUGCAGAGGACUAACCCCUUAGGUUUCACAGAGUAUAACAGGCAUGCUUUACUGUAUAUAAAGACUGAAUUUACUGUUGUGGGUUUA